AUGAUACUGAAGCGCGUGUUGGCUGCGGCCCUGGUUUGCGGGUCUGCGCUUGCUGCUCCUGCGACAAAGCGUAGCGUCGCCUUCAAUUGGGGCUCCGAGAAGAUAAGAGGUGUGAACAUUGGUGGCUGGUUGGUACUAGAGCCCUGGAUCACACCCUCACUGUUCGAUGGCCUUGGACGCAAUGAUGUCGUUGAUGAGUACACAUUGGGCCAAAAGCUAGGUCACGAUGCUGCCCUCGCGACAUUGAGGAAGCAUUGGGACUCGUGGGUGACAUGGCAGGACUUCAAGAAGAUCGCCGACUCUGGCUUCAAUAUCGUCCGCAUCCCAAUUGGCUACUGGGCGUACGACACCUUCGGCGCGCCUUAUGUCCAAGGAGCUGCAGUGUACAUGGAUGCCGCUGUCGACUGGGCCAGGAGCGUGGGACUCAAGAUAAUCAUCGACCUCCACGGCGCACCCGGAUCCCAGAACGGAUAUGAUAACUCAGGACAACGCCUGGCCAGCCCAACCUGGCAAAGCGGCGACACCGUCAAGCAGACCCUCCAAGUCCUCAUGACCAUCUCCGAGAAAUACGCGCAAACCAAAUAUCAAGACGUUAUCGUCGGUAUCCAGCUCCUCAAUGAGCCGCUGAUGGACAAGCUCAACGCAGACGUCCUGCGCCAAUUCUAUCGUGACGGCUACGGCCAAGUCCGCACCGUAUCCGACACGCCCGUCAUCCUGCACGAUGGCUUCCACCCGCCAAAUACGUGGAACGCCUUCCUUACUCCCUCAGAUAACAACGCGCAGAACGUCGCCAUGGACCACCACGAAUACCAAGUCUUCGACCCUUCCCUCGUCGCUAUGACGCCCCAGCAGCAUGUGCAACUCGUGUGCUCCAGCGCAGAAUCCUACAACGGCGCCGAUAAAUGGACAUUCGUGGGCGAAUGGACGGGCGCCAUGACCGACUGCGCCAAGUACCUGAACGGCUUCGGCGUUGGCGCGCGCUACGACGGCACGUACCCGGGCACCACGAAGGUCGGAGAUUGCUCGUGGCAGAACGAUGUGUCGAAGUGGAGCCAGCAGUAUAAGGAUCAGACGAGGGCGUAUAUCGAGGCACAGAUGACGGCGUACGAGGCCAAGACACAGGGCUGGAUUUGGUGGAAUUUCAAGACCGAAGGCGCGGCUGAGUGGGAUGCGUUCAAGCUGAUUGACGCGGGUGUUUUCCCGCAGCCGUUGACGAGCAGGACGAGUGCUGCUAUUUGCGGGUAA